UUGUAUUUCCAGUCUGAGUGGAGGCGGAUGGGCUUCGGCGGAAAGUACACCUUCUGCAACCUCCGGACUUCCAUGGUGCACCACACUAAGAACCUGAGCCCCAGCAAGAGGCUGACCGUGCACAGGGCCAUGUGCCACUCUGAGGCGGUGGCCUCGAAGUUCUAUAUACCUCUGAACACGGUGCGGGAGGCCGCGGAAGUCCGGAGGUUGCAGGAGGGUGACGAGUCCCAGUCCCAACACCCGCCUCCGCGCCCACUUGCCCAUCCGCCGAAGAAUCGUAUCGCAGCUGUGCUUUUCGGAGAGCAGCAAAUCCGAGGCUUCGGGAGAGCAACUCGGGGUGGCUGCGGCCACGGAGAUGGGCUCCCCAGCGCGAGUGUCGCGUGGCCAGAAGCGGAAGCGGGUCAGGAUAUUGGAAUCGGUGGAUUCGUCCGCUUCCAAGAGAACGGUCAAUUCCCGCGAUCCCUCGAGUUCCAAGGAAGAAGCCUCGGGUGUGUCCUCCUUCAGCAGCCCGCGACAGGAACACCUAGCGAUGGGAGUACUGCCGUCCCCGGACCACACCUACUCCCAGACCACUGUGAAGGUCAGGCCACAGGACUUGGAGGCCAUUCAGAAAAGCAGGCGCCUCAUGUUGCAUAUGAGGCCGAUGGUGCUGUCUGAAAGCUCCUCCUCAGAGGCGGGGUUGGAUGUAGAGGAGGUUCCUCUAGAUCCCAGCUUGACCUUUUAAACCUCUUGUGUAAAUAGUUGUCAUCUUCUCUCCUCGUCGGUGUCACUCAGGGUCACUCGUGUUAUGGGGUGGUUCGGGUUAGGUUCGGUAUUCGUCUGUUUUUCGUUCGUAAGAAUGUGUAUGUAAAUAGUUCUGUAUGUUAUGUUCAGUUC